AUGCCCCACUCGAGGCAAGCGAGGCCGGGCCUGCUUGUGAAGCUUUGCAGCCGCCAGUCGAGGAUCCCGCUGCCAUCCAUCUACCUGGCGAAUGUCCAGUCUUUGCCGAACAAGACGGACGACCUGCUGAGUCGCAUUAAGACCCAGCGCUGCUGGUACUGCUCCGUGUUUUGUCUGACAGAGACGUGGCUACACAGCGGCGUCCCGGAUUCUUCUUUUCAGCCGCCGGGCUUCUCUGUCCACCGCUUGGAUAGGGUGAAGGAGCGCACCGGGAAAACAAAAGGUGGAGUUAAUAAUAACAGCAGAAUAACAUUUUCCCUUGUGGUGCGUUUGCAUAAUUCCUCUGGUGUGCUCUUCUUUUUUACGUGGCAGAUUCCAGUGUUUAAAGGUGCAGCUAAGCCUAUCCUCGGGAUCAGCAUUAGUGCAGGAGACUUCCAUGGGCAGGACGGGCUAGGAGAUGCUCCCGACUCCAACGCUCCUGGUCUGGACCUGGUUCAGAAGGAGAGCGCUGUGUCAGCUAUGAUUAGGAUUGUCAAUGAGAACCCAGGACAGGUAUCUCUGGUUGCAACAGCACCCCUUACCAACCUGGCUCUGGCUGUGAGGAUGGAUCCAUCUCUACCGAGCAAACUCCGGGGGCUCUACAUCAUGGGAGGCAACACUGAAUCUCGAGGGAACACUACAGUGUGCGCAGAGUUCAAUUUUGCUGCUGAUCCAGAAGCUGCGUACAUUGUACUGAACGGCUACGAGUGUCCCACCUACUUGGCCUGCUGGGAGUUUACCUGCCACAGCAAGCUGUCCUGGGAGUUUUGCGACGAAUGGUUGGCGCAAGACACUGAUAAAGCUCGCUUUAUGGCACGGAUCUUCCGGUACAGCAUGGAGGCAUCACAAAAAGAACGCUUCCAGAAAGAGCUUGUCGCCGGUACAGGUUUUAUUUCCUGUGACUCGUACGCCAUGGCAGCUGCCGUAGACGAUGCUUUCAUCACAGAAAGCGACAGUUACCCAGUUAGCGUGGAGCUGACGGGCACACACACCAGAGGCAUGAUGAUAGUGGAUACGAUAGGCUUCCUGAAGAAGACUCACAAAGCUUUUAUCAUGAAGAAGGUGGACAUGGAGAAGUUCAAGCAGAUGAUGAUGGCUGCUUUAAAAUAGCAGUUCUGAAUAAUAUAAGGAUGUAUUAGUGACCACCAUGUAAAUUUUUCCGUCCACAUUUUGGUGCAGUAUGAUUUUCUGUAGAGUUGAUACUCACAUUUCUCUAUUUCUAAAAACAUUCUAUAUAUAACAAAUAGACCAUUGUGGCACUGUGCAACUAACAGCAAACUGUAAUUUCGCACAUAGCAGGAAAUAUCGGCGCUGAAAUAUUAAUGCUUAUGGAAGACUUACUACAGUAUCUUUAUACCUCCAUUGUAUGACACCAUUACAAAUAGUUUUUCUAAUGAACUACAAAGCUCAUGUUUCAUUCAUGUAUUUUAAUGAUGGAACCUCAUUAAAACUUUAAUAGAAACUC